GCGGCGGCUUGCCCCCUUCCCCGGCGCUUCCGCUAUUUCUGGGCAGGGUGAAGCAACACCGCCGCAGUCUCUCCCCGCUCCGGGGGGGUGAAGGCUUCGGCUCCCGUCCCGGUCCGUCCGUCCCGUCCCGCCGGGUGGCGGCGAGUUCCCCAGGGCAGGCAGCAGCGGGGGGCUCCGCGCCACCAUGGCCGGCCGCCUGCUGCUCCUCCUGCUCGGCGCGGCGCUGGCGGGCGAGCUCCGGGCUGAAGGAGGCGUAUUCAUCAAGAAAGAAAAUGCUGACAAGUUCUUGGAAAGAACAAAACGUGCUAACUCUUUUUUGGAGGAAAUGAAGCAAGGGAAUAUUGAAAGAGAAUGUAAUGAGGAGCGCUGCUCAAAAGAAGAAGCAAGAGAAGCCUUUGAAGACCAGGAGAAAACUGAGGAAUUCUGGAACACCUAUGUAGAUGGGAACCAGUGCAGCUCAAAUCCUUGUCACUAUGGUGGACAUUGUAAAGAUGGAAUUGGUUCCUACACUUGCUCAUGCUUGGAUGGUUAUCAAGGCAAGAACUGUGAAUUUGUCAUACCAAAGUACUGCAAAAUAAACAACGGUGACUGUGAGCAGUUCUGCAGCAUCAAAAAAAGUACACGGAAGGAUGUUCUGUGUUCCUGUGCAAAAGGGUAUGUUCUAGCAGAGGAUGGCAAACGCUGUGUUUCAUCAGUAAAAUAUCCUUGUGGAAAAGUUUUUGUGAAAAGAAAAAAAAGGUCGGUUAUUUUACCAGCUGAUAAUAGCAAUGCAACUAGUGAUCAAGAUGUCCCUCCCACAAAUGCAACAAGUUUGGAGGAGGACAUUGUUACUACCACAGAAAGCCCAACCCUCGGUCCGGGCAAUGAAACAAGUAGCCAGUCUCCCUAUGUGAUUACCAGGAUAGUGGGUGGUGAUGAGUGUCUGCUUGGUGAAUGUCCAUGGCAGGCUGUUCUGUUAAACGAGGCAGGGGAAGAGUUUUGCGGCGGCACUAUUUUGAAUGAAAAUUUCGUACUUACUGCAGCUCAUUGCAUGAACCAGUCUAAAGAAAUCAAAGUUGUCGUUGGUGAAGUGGACAGAGAAAAGAAGGAGCAGUCUGAAACGAUGCAUACUGUGGACAAAAUACUUGUUCAUUCUAAAUAUGUAGCCGAGACUUACGAUAAUGACAUAGCCUUAAUAAAGCUGAAGGAACCUAUAGUGUUUUCUGAGUACAUUGUCGCAGCAUGCCUCCCAGAAGCAGACUUUGCUAAUGAAGUUCUGAUGAACCAAAGAUCUGGGAUGGUUAGUGGCUUCGGGCGUGAAUUUGAAGGUGGACGACUAUCCAAAAAACUGAAAGUGCUUGAAGUCCCUUAUGUUGAUAGGAACACUUGCAAGCAAUCCACUAACUUUGCGAUAACAGAAAACAUGUUCUGUGCUGGUUAUGAAACAGAGCAAAAAGAUGCUUGUCAAGGAGACAGUGGAGGCCCCCAUGUAACCAGGUAUAAGGAUACUUAUUUUGUUACUGGAAUUGUUAGCUGGGGAGAAGGAUGUGCAAAGAAAGGCAAAUAUGGUGUCUAUACGAAACUGUCCAGGUUCUUACGCUGGGUAGGAACAGUCAUGAGACACAAUUUUGGGUAGGAACGGUCAUGAGGCAAAAUUUCUAGUGGUGUGGCUCUUGAUCCUUCUGUUAGCUAACAGCAUGCAGUUUCUGUAAUGGAAACUUCAUUCUGUUUUUUUAGCCCCAUCUACUAAACUUGUUUUGAGAGCUGAUUCUGUAAAGUUAUGGUGCUGCUUCUUUUUGUUUAAUUCCUGGCUUUAAAGCAUGUAUAUGUGGACUGCUGGUAUUGUUUUUAAUUUGUACAAUGAGGGGCUUUCCCCAAACAAAAUGGCUGCUCAGUGGUGUCUUUUGUUUGCUUGUUUAGUUAUUUUUGCAUUGCUAUUUUGGUUCCUGUCCACCCAAGUGCUUCCACCAGAGGCUCCUGAACAUAUUAUGAACCUCCAACAAUCAUGAUGAAAGGGGGAAGGACAGGACUUGAGUUAAUCCUCGUACUGCAGCCAGCUGGCUCAGCAGGGAGUCAUUACUAGAGCUGUUUAGAUUCUACCUUUGGAUGUAUUUAGAAGAUUAAGGGAGCAGGGAAGCUUUCUUGGUAGAAGCUGAGGCCUGAGUUAAGUAUUCAACAUGUGAUGCUAAAUAACCAUGUUCUACAAAAUUGACUGCUUAGGUCACAGCAGCUAAUUAAAAUUGUGUUGCUUUGUAGGGAUUGUACUUCAGUUUGAUUUGAACACUUCUGUUCUGCUUAUCAUAAGCAAAAAGUGCAUGUUCAUUGCUUUCUGUAUCAUGUUCUGGAUUGUGUAUGUCUGAGGAUUGGAAAGCUCCCUGCAUGUGUAUUGUUCUUGGGUGUUUCUGUAAGGUGCAAUAUGGAUGUACACCAGCAUUUGAAAUAAAACAUUCUUUCUUUUU